AUGACGGAGACUGAGAGCGCCCCAGCCGCCGCUCCUCCAGCGGAGGCCGCCGCCAAGAAGAAGCCGGCUAAGAAGAAGGCGUCCGGUCCCGCCGUGUCCGAGCUCCUCGUCCAAGCCGUGUCCGCUUCCAAGGAGCGCAGCGGGGUGUCCCUGGCCGCCCUCAAGAAGGUCCUGUCCGCCGGAGGAUACGAUGUGGACAAGAACAAGAGCCGCCUGAAGAUCGCCCUCAAGGCGCUGGUGACUAAGGGGAGCCUCGUCCAGGUCAAAGGCCAUGGGGCCUCCGGAUCGUUCAAGAUCAACAAGAAGCAGCCCGACGGCGCCAAGGCGAAGCCCAAGAAACCGGCAACUAAGAAGGCCGCCAAGUCCCCUAAGAAGAAGAAACCGGCCGCCAAGUCCCCCAAGAAGAAGGCGGCCAGCAAAGCCCCCACCGCAGCCAAGAGCCCCAAGAAGAAGCCGGCCGCCAAGAGACCAGCAAAGGCUGCAGCUGCAGCCAAGAAGGUGACCAAGAGCCCCAAGAAGAGCAAAGCUGCAGCCAAGCCGAAAAAAGGCGCCAAGAGUCCCGCUAAGGCCAAGCCGGCAGCUAAGAAGGCGGCUAAAGCCCAAGAAGGCCGCUCCGAAGAAGAAAUAAUGGGCGGCGACCUCCUUCAUCUCCACCCCCCAAAGGCUCUUCUCAGAGCCCCCCACCUCCCCCCAACAGAGCUCUCCAUACACACAUACACCGACCACGAGCCGCAUUCUCCCUCCUCCAGUCUCCAUCCUCCUCACAUUGUACACUUGUACCUUAUAGUUCAUCCAAUGAUUCCUCCGAUCCUACAAAUGAUUACUGGUUGGCCAAAGGAGAGAUCCCUCCCGAUACAUGUCACAGGCCCGAAUUAUAUUUUCUAUAGAAAACCGGCCGGGGCGGCACACGGAGAGCAGAAGGAAGAAUCCUCCCGGGUGUGUCCGUGUGUGCCGCCCCGGCAGAGAGAUGUGAUCUGUGAUGACGCCGAUGUAGUAUCGGAGGCGGUAAUAGAGGACAUGACUGACCCCCCAGUGACAUCUCCGUGUGGAAGGGGCCCAUUCGGAUGGAUCUCAUUGUAUGUCUCACAUUCCAGGACUAGUUAUGAGAGUAUUAAAAAUGAAUAA